AAUCUACCCAAUAAUUUAUUUUACCUUCCAGGUCACCUGCAAAUGAAUUGCGAACAAAUAACUAAAAAUGAUGAGUAGAAGACUUGAAGAGUCCAUGGGGGCUGUCCAGAUGGCAUUGAUCAACAUGCUCAAAGGAUUCCCAAGCAAAGUUGUGCCACCCAUGAGUCCAAAGGUGGUUACAGAAGAAGAAGUAAAUCAAAUGCUUACGCCUUCAGAGUUCCUGAAGGAAAUGUCCCUUACCACAGAGCAGAAAUUGGCAAAUACUCAUUUUGUGUGCCGACCACAGAUCAUCGAACUCUUAGAUAUGGGGGAGACAACACAUCAAAAGUUUUCAGGACUUAACCUGGAUCAAACAUUAUUCCAGCCCUUCCCAUCAGAGAUUAUAUUUCAGAACUACACUCCCUGUGAAGUCUAUGAAGUUCCACUGGUUUUGAGGAACAAUGACAAAAUUCCAAGGCUGGUGAAAGUUGUCGAGGAAAGUUCACCUUACUUUAAAGUGAUCAGCCCCAAAGAUAUUGGGCACAAAGUGGCCCCAGGAGUGCCAUCCAUAUUUCGAGUCCUCUUCAUGCCGGAGGAGAACAAGGACUACACCCAUAUGUUGACCUGUGUUACUGAAAGAGAAAAGUUUAUUAUACCCAUCAAAGCUAGAGGUGCACGAGCCAUCCUAGAUUUUCCAGACAAGCUGAAUUUUUCCACUUGCCCUGUCAAAUACAGCACCCAGAAGAUUCUGCUGGUACGAAACAUUGGCAAAAAAGAUGCUGUGUUUCACAUCAAAACGGACAGGCCUUUCUCUGUGGAACCAAAUGUUGGAACUCUUAACGUGGGCGAGUCUCUGCAACUGGAAGUGGAGUUUGAGCCACAGAGUGUGGGCAAUCACAGUGCAAGGCUUAUCGUGUGUUAUGACACAGGUGAGAAAGUGUUUGUAUCUCUCUAUGGAGCUGCCAUAGACAUGAAUAUAAGGCUGGAUAAGAAUUCUUUGAUCAUCGAGAAAACUUACAUAACUCUGGCCAAUCAGCGAACUGUAACCAUUUACAACCGCAGUAACAUCAUUGCCCAUUUCCAGUGGAAGAUAUAUGCUACCCAGGAUGAAGAGGACAGAGAAAAGCUUAGAGUCUGCGAUGAUCUGAUGAAGGAAGAAAAGGACGAGAUGGACGAGUUUCUGGAAGAGUGCGUUAUUGACCCUAUACUCCGAGACCACCUUUCCAUUCUCUCUCGCACCUUUCAGAAUCAGAGGAGGCUGGUUCAGCAAGACAGACUGCUCUUCUUGAAUAAUGUUUUCACUUUUGAGCCCGUGGAAGGCGAUCUCUGGCCCAAUUCAUCAGCUGAAAUCACAGUGUACUUUAAGCCUCUAGAAGCCAAGCUCUACCAACAGACCAUUUACUGUGACAUUUCAGGCCGAGAGAUCCGUCUGCCCCUUCGAAUCAAAGGAGAAGGAAUGGGACCAAAGGUUCACUUCAACUUUGAACUGCUUGAUAUUGGGAAAGUUUUCAUGGGCUCUGCACACUGUUAUGAGGCAAUACUGCACAACAAAGGCCACAUCGAUGCCCUUUUCAGUGUGACGCCUCCAACCUCGCCUCUGGGGACCUGCUUUGUUUUCAGCCCCAAGGAAGGCAUCAUUGAACCAAGUGGAGUCCAAGCCGUCCAGGUCUCCUUCAGCUCUUCCAUCCUGGGGCACUUUGAAGAAGAGUUCCUGGUCAGCGUCAAUGGAGCACCUGAGCCCGUGAGAUUGACCAUCAGAGGCUGUGUCAUUGGACCUACCUUUCACUUUAAUGUUCCUGCUCUGCACUUUGGAGAUGUUUCCUUUGGGUUUCCUCGUACUUUAAUAUGUUCCCUCAAUAAUACUUCCUUGGUACCCAUGACCUUCAAACUACGUAUCCCCGGGGAUGGCGUUGGCUGUGAAAGCAUUUCAGGUUGUGAGCAUUAUUCAGACAACAAAAAUCCAUCUUGGACCAAGAAAGAAAUUCCUGCAAUAAAACCAAAAGAAUUCACCGUCAAUCCUGACUGUGGCACCAUUCGCUCCCAGGGAUUUGCUGCCAUCAGGGUGACCUUAUGCUCCAACACUGUGCAGAAAUAUGAGCAAGCGCUAGUGGUGGACGUGGAGGGCGUUGGAGAAGAAGUGCUGGCGCUCUUAAUUACAGCAAGGUGUAUUGUACCUACCCUACGCUUGGUUAACACGGAGGUGGACUUUGGACGCUGUUUCCUAAAAUACCCAUAUGAGAAAACGAUCCAGCUUGUCAAUCAAGAUGACCUUCCAGGAUGCUAUGAGGUCCUGCCUCAGGUGCCGGAGGAUGCGCCUGCCGUGCUGCUCUCCAGCCCCACGCCUUUCGGGAUCAUUCCUCCCAAAGGCACAGUGGAUAUCAUGCUAAGUCUGGAGACCCAGGUCACUGGGGAACACAGCUCCACCGUCCACUUUUUGACCUUUGGGAGCCAGAACCCUCCUUUGGUAUGUCACCUAAGGAGCAUCGGAGAAGGCCCGGUCGUCUACAUACAUCCCAUGAAGGUUCAUUUUGGCAACAUCUAUGUCCUGAAAGACUCUUCCCGGAGUCUCAACCUAUCUAACCAGUCCUUCAUCCCUGCGUUAUUUCGGGCACGCAUGGCACACAAAAAAUCCCUGUGGACAAUUGAACCCAGUGAAGGCACAGUUCCCCCGGAAACUGAUGUUCAACUGGCACUGACGGCCAACCUGAAUGACAUAGUGACAUUCAAAGACACCGUUAUUGUGGAUAUUGAAAAUAGCAACACCUAUCAGAUUCAUGUCCAAGCUACUGGAAUUGGUUCCACCAUUGUUUCAGAUAAGCCCUUUGCGCCAGAACUCAAUUUGGGGGCACAUUUUAGCCUGGAUACCCAUUAUUACCGAUUUAAAUUGACCAACAAGGGACGUCGGGUUCAACAGUUGUUCUGGAUGAAUGACAGUUUCCAUCCCCAGGCCAAGCUGAGCAAGAAGAGCCAAGUUAAGAAGGGACCUGUUCAUGGCCGCCUCCAGCCCAGUGGCUCCCAAGACUCCACUGGUCCACAGACCCCAGUGUUUCAGCUCCACCCUGUCAGGAUGGAGCUGUACCCAGGCCAGACGAUCAAUGUGAUACUCGAAAGCUAUUCUGCUACUCCCAGGAUAGCUAAAGAGAAGCUGGUAUGCCAUGCUAUGAUUGGGUCCCAGAAGGGGAAGAGCUUGGUGAUGGCCGUGGACAUCACCUGUGAGUUCAUUGCACCUCUCAUCCAGCUCUCCACCAAGCAGCUCGUCUACCGACUGGAGAAGAAACCUAAUGCUAGCCUGGAACCUGAUUACCAGCCCUUGGUCUUAAAGAACAUUUCCACCUUGCCCGUGACCAUGUUGCUGUCAACCUCUGGACCCUUCUAUGUAUGUGACACUGAUAAAUCCCUGCUGCCCGCAUCUUCUCAGCCUGUUAAACUGGACCUUGAUGAAGAAAAAAACCUGCUGAUCAAGUUCGACCCUUCCUACAAAAGCGAUUUGAAUAACUGGGUGGCAGAAGAAAUUCUAGCAAUUAAGUAUAUAGAGCACCCUCAGGUAGACAGCCUGACCCUGCGGGGAGAGGUGAAUUACCCCAACCUCUGUUUUGAGACGAUGGAGGUGGAUUUCGGCUGUAUCCUGAAUGAUACCGAGGUCAUUCGCUAUGUUAAAAUCACCAACUGCAGCCCCUUGGUUGUGAAGUUCCGCUGGUUCUUCUUGGUAAACGACGAGGGAAAUCAGAUAAGGUUUGUGACAUUGCCAAAGAAGCCCUACAGUGCCCCUGUGUCCCAGAUGGAGUCCAUCCCAACAACCUCAGCAACUGCCAGCUCACCAACAGUCCCACCUGCAAGAGAGUCCCCCGAGAUGGAUUUAAGUGAUUUUGUUAAGACUAUCCUUGUGAGUGAAGACGUCAGACCUGAAGAAAAAGAACUUGGAAAAGUGAAAACAUCCGUUGGGAUCUCAGAUGGAUUAAAAAUUAACUCUGCUGAAAUAGAAAGAGUAUAUUCAAGCCACAGCCAAGUGGAGUUUCUGGAGUCUCUAUUGAUCUUUGAACAGGAUGACAUGAUUUCCAUUGGGAUGGAAGAAGUAUUUGAUAUUUUGCCCCUCUACGGAGUGCUGCGGCCACACAGCAGCAACCAGAUAUCCUUCACCUUCUAUGGGCACAGUAAUAUCAUUGCACAGGCUAAAGCUCUGUGUGAAGUAGAAGGAGGGCCCACCUACGAGAUCAUGCUCAAGGGAGAGGCUUCCCUGAUCAACUAUUCCUUUGACACUAAGGAAAUCAACUAUGGAUUACAGCUGUUUGACCAUGUCACAGAAAGGGAAAUCAUCCUCAAGAACACUGGGAAAGUUGGCUUUGAGUUCAAGGUUCUGAAUGACCACCACUCCUCCCCAGAAAACCUCUUCCCUGGAGUGCCACGCAUCCUGCCUGUCUCCGGUUUUAUCAGUUCACGUGAGGAGCAAGUGUUGAAGGUUUACUACUUACCUGGAGUACCUGAGAUCUUUGAAAGAAGUUUCCAGAUACAGAUUGCCCACCUGAACCCAGAAAAGAUCACUCUAAGUGGAGAGGGAAUCUUUCCCCGAAUCUGCCUUGAUCUCCCCAGGAACCUCAGAGAAAAUGAAAAGUAUGAAACCUUCUUGAAUCAGGCUAGAAAAAACAUAGAAAAAGAGUACAACAAAUAUGAAACUCUCGAUCACUUUGAGCUAAUAACUGAGGAAAUAGCUGAGGAUGAACCUACGGAGUUAAGUGCUCAUCUCCAGAUGGAAAUAGAACGACUUAUAGUCCAAAGCUAUGCACUAGAACAUCAGCAUUCAGUCAUCCCCCAGGCCACCGACACUACCUGCUGCAGCAAUUGGAAUCUCCGCAAACUGAUCAAAGUCCAGCUGCCAGAGUAUACCCUGGACUUUGGCUACAUCGUCCUUGGUGAGGUCCGAACCCACAUCAUCAAGAUCACCAACACAAGUCACUUUCCAGUGUGCUUCCAUGCAGCAAAGCGUGUCCUUCAAGACACAGGAUUCAGUACCGAGCUGGAUCGUGUAAAGAAUCUGCCUUAUGGUGAAACAGAAACAUUUGAAGUGAGAUUUGACCCACUAGGGGCCAAUCUCCCUGUUGGAAACAAAGAAGUCAUGCUGCCCAUCAAGGUAGUUGGAGGGCCAACAGUUCACAUCUGUCUCCAAGCCAAUGUGAUCAUUCCUGCCAUGACUCUGUCUUGUGAAAAAGUGGAGUUUGCCGCGAUUCAGUGUGGACAAUGCCUGGUGGAAACGAUUCAGCUUUCCAAUCACCUCCAAGUCCCUUGUGAAUGGUUUGUCCAUACCAUAAAGAUUUCUGGCAAGCUGGAUAAACAUAUGCCAAAGUACUUAAGACAGAAGAUACGAGCUGAAUUAAAGCCAAAGACACGGAUCUUUGAGAUCCAGCCCACGUCUGGAGUCUUGGAUCCUGGAGAGAGGUCCAACGUACAAGUGAAAUUCAUGCCAAAAGAAGAGAAAUUCUACAGCCAAAAUCUUGUGUUCCAGAUUGCCCAGAAUGCUCAUAAGCUUACGCUGGUGGCACAAGGGCAAGGUCUGGAGCCACGCCUGGAAUUAAGUCCUUCAGUUUUGGAGCUGGGGCCACUGCUGCCUUUUGCACCUGGAGACGAGGCAGAGGUGAUAGUGAAGAAUCCCUGCAACUUCCCCAUUGAGUUUUACUCCUUAGAAUUUGACCAGCAGUAUCUCACAGAAGAAAAGAUCUUGCGAAAGCUGAAGGGCUACGACUCCUACAACACCAUCCUGCUGCCUCCCCGCAACCCAGGGGAGAAGCUGCCCCCGGAGGUGUAUGAGUACUUUAAGGAGAUAAAGAGGUCAAGAGAGGAACAGAUGAAGGCAAAAUUUCUGGAGAAUCUGGCGCAGGAUAACGAAGAUGAAGAUAUUCCCACAUCAGAUCAGGGAACCUCUGUGAGCACAAAGAGGACGUCACUCAGCCAAGGGAUCUCUGUCACAUCCAACCUGGAGCACGUCCCUAGGGUCGAGUCUAAGACCUACCCCGAUGACGAUGAGGACGAGGAAAGCGUAGAAAAAUUAAUGUUUCAAACUGACAAGAUUCAGAGCUUGGAUAGCCAAUCCGCUGAAGAAGUUGGAGAGGUAGAAAACAACCCAGUGAGCAGGGCAAUCGCUCGCCACCUGGGCAUCGACAUCUCUGCAGAAGCCCGUUUGGCCAAGAACCAGAAAGGCAUCGCCAUUAUCAUCCAUGGGACGCCCCUGUCAGGAAAGUCAGCCACCGCAGUCAGCAUGGCCAAGUACUACAACGCCGCCUGCUUGAACAUCGACUCCGUCGUGCUGGAAGCCAUUUCCGACAGCAACAACGUCUCAGGCAUCCGGGCCCGAGAGCUCUGCAUCAGGGCUGCCAUCGAGCAGUCUGUGAGGGAAGGAGAGGAGUCUGCUCAGGAAGCUUCUGUGGGUCCAAGUGUCACAGGACAAGUGCGACUAAGCACUGAGACCUUGGGCAAGUUUACCUCAGAAAUCACUCUGGUGGCCCCAGAAUCUAAACCUGGGAAGAGCGUACGUGGGAGCGUGAUGGUCAACAAGAGCAAGGCGGAGAGCCAUGCCUCUGGGUCGCAGAAGCAGCAUCACCCGCACCAGUCGGAAACGCCACAGAUUUCCUCCAGCCCUCUGCUCGUGGGGCCCACGCAGCGCCGGCUCAGUGUCAGCGCCAGCAUCGGGGGCGAGACUGGCCUCAUGAGCUGCGUGCUGCCGGAUGAACUUCUCGUGCAGAUCCUGGCGGAGCGGAUACAGCUGAGUGACUGCUUCCGAGGAGUGGUGUUUGACGGCCUCGACACACUCUUUGCUCGGAGCAUGCAUGCUGCCCUCCUCUGCCUGCUGAAGGCCAUUGGCAGCCGGGAGCACAUAUAUGUCCUCAACAUGGCCCAGGAUUAUGUCGCCAUGAAGGCCCAGGAGAAAGCCAAAAAGGAGCUAGAAGAGCUCAAACACAGGGAAGCUACUGAGAAAGAGAAGGAACGUCUCCAAAAUAUGAAUGAAGACGAAUAUGACGCCUUGACAGAGGAGGAGAAAAACAUGUUUGAUCGAGAGAUUCGGCAGGCGAUGCUGGAAAGAAAGAAGAGGGAGCUGGAGAGGCUGGCAAAGGAGAUGCAGGAAAAGAAGCUACAGCAGGAGCUCGAGCGGCAGAAGGAGGAAGACGAGCAGAAGCGGAAGGUCAAAAAACCGAAGCUGGCCCCGGGAAAGGAGGAGCAUACCCUGAAGAAAUCCCAAGUGGCAAAAAUGCAGGGUCAUUCUUUCACCAAAGUCGAUGUGAAGAGCGAGCUACUGGAAAGGAAAGUAUCUGUCAGGGAACAGACACUGUCUGAGAAGGACGAAUGGAACAAGAAAAAAAGGACCAUGCCCGACAUCAACAUGCUGGCGUUUCCUCUGGCCCAGGAACAAGAGGAGAGCGAAGGGGAGUUCCCAAAGGACAACGACAGGCCAGUGGCCCAGAAGUUCAAGGCCUACGACUUGAGUCUGAAGGACGUGCAGAGCGUUCUCAUGUACUGGGACCGGAAGCAGGGCAUCCUGCUGCCCCACGCGGGCAUGGAGGAGACGCCCCACGAGCCCGAAGACCAGCGCCAGGCUCCCGCCGGCGGGCGCAGGGGUCGCAAGGACCGCGAGAGGGAGCGCCUGGAGAAGGAGCGCGCAGAGAAGGAGCGGCUGGAGAGGGAGAAGGCGGAGCGCGAGCGCCUGGAGAAACUGCGCGCCCUGGAGGAGCGCAGCGACGGGGAGGGCGAGGGGGACGAGGACCACGAGGCCAAGAAGGACAUAGGCGUGCCCUUCCUCAACGUCCCGACGCCAGACCCCGAAGGCGCCAACUGGAAACACACCCUGGAGAGCGAAAGGCUCCCCAGGGUGGACCAGAUCCUAGAUGUCUUGGGUCUGGGUUCCUCUGGACCACCCAUCCCGCCUCCCACCUUAUUCUCUAUCAUCACCUACCCUCCGAAGCGUUCGUCUCUGACCACAACAGACAUCCUGAAGCAUUUUGUGUUUGUGAUGCCGCCAUCCGAUGACCCCUCCGUACUGGAUGAGAAAAAAGAAACGGAAUUAGAAUCAGACCUUUCGGCUACCACAAACACUGUGAAGGCUCAAGAGGAGCAGACCACCUCACUUAAAGGGAGCAGACAGAAAAUGAAAGAAAAACCAGAACAAACCCGUGAGACUCAAAAGGACAAACGCCGCUUGACCGGCAACCGGAAGGGCCUUUCUUCAGGGACCACUGGAAACAUCGCCCCACUGUCGGACAUAGACCAGAACACCUUGGGGGGGCAGCACUCUCAAGAGAAAUUCACCAGGCUGAGUCACUUCCGCUGGAUCGUGCCGGCCAAUGGGGAGGUCACACUUCGCGUGCACUUCUCCUCCAAUGAUCUUGGGAACUUUGACCAAACAUUCAGCUUUGAGAUCCUUGGAACUCGCCGCCACUACCAGCUUUAUUGUCGAGGUGUCUGCACUUACCCAUACAUUUGCCAAGACCCAAAAGUGGUAUUCCCUCAGCGGCAGAAGGACAUGAAGGCAAAUGAGCUCGUCUUUAAGAAGUAUGUUAUGAGCAUGGAGAGGUUUUACUUCGGGCCACUGCUUUGUGGAAAAUCGAGAGAUAAAUACAAGUCAUGCUUGUACCCAGGCAACACGGAGACGCUAACAAUCCUAAACAAUUCCCCAAUGGUGGUCGAGGUGUACUUCUGUUUUCAGAAUGAUGUCAAAGCCAACACCUACUUCCUGGAGCCCAUCAACAUGAUCCUGAAACCCAAUGAGAAGCAGUUCCUAAGCAUAUGGGCCUACCCUACUGCAGCUGGCAUCUUUGAAGACAGCAUUGUCUGCUGCAUCAAAGAGAACCCAGAGCCAGCUGUCUUCAAAUUAAGCUGCCAUGGGAUCCGCCCAGAACUAGAGCUGGAACCCAGACAACUACAUUUUGACCGGCUCUUGCUACACAGAAAGGAAACCAAAGUAGUUUUUCUGCGCAAUGUCACGCCCCUGCCUGUGACCUGGCGGAUCUCCUCCUUGGAGCACCUGGGCGAUGACUUUACCACAUCUACAAUGCAGGGCACCAUCCCCCCCAAGGCCGAGUAUGGCCUGCACGUGCACUUCCAGCCCUCCAAACCCGUCAACAUCAGGAAGGCCAUUCGGCUGGAGGUGUUAGAUGCAGAAAAUCUUGUUGGUAUUGUUCAGAUUGAAAAUAUCCCGGUCUUUGCAGAGUCCUACGACAUUGCCUUGGACAUCACCUUCCCCAAAGGAGCUGAAGGGGGCCUGGACUUUGGGAUCGUGAGGGUUAUGGAGGAGGUGAAGCAGCCACUGCAACUCAAGAACCGAGGCAAAUAUGAGAUCUUAUACAGCUUUUCUGUGGACUCUGUAGGGAUUUCAGUAACCAAUGUAAAUUCCAUGAUCUCAGUCCAACCCAAAAAGGGUUCACUGACCACAGCAGAUAAACCUACAGUUGUCCAAGUAUUCUUUCGUGCAAGAAAGGAAAUGAAGAUCGAGUACCAGCCCAUUCUGCGCUGUCAGAUUAUUGAGCCCAGUAUGGUAGAAGGAGGUGAGAUCAUUGCCAGCAUCCCAAUUAAGAUUUCUGUGAAUGCAGUAUACUCCAAGUAUACCAUCAGCCCCUCCUCCAUCAUCAACUUUGGGGCUUUGAUCUGUGGCACUCGUAAAAGCGUCACCUUCACCAUAGAAAAUCAAGGUGUUACUGACUUCAAGUUUGCCCUUUAUAGGAUGACAGGGGAGAAUGCUAUUUAUCCAAAGAAAGGAGCUGGCCACAUCAGACAUGCAAGAUCCCGGGAAAGUGACUUCUACAAGCCUGGCGCGUCCAAAGCAGCCAAGUUCUCUGACUCGAAUCAGAAAGAAGUAAACAUCUCAGGCCAGGCCCGCUUCUCCCACGGCAUGUUCACCGUGUACCCUGGGUUUGGCUCCGUGCCUGCUGGUGGACAGCAGGUCAUCACCGUUGACUGUGUGGCUGACCCCGUGGGAAGGUGUGAGGAGUUUAUGGCCAUCGAGAUCACUGAUCGGGACCCAAGAGAUCAGCCUGGUGGCAUUCCUUACACCCUGUUGGCUGAGGCCUGCCUGCCAGCCUUUGUGACUGACAACUAUGCCUCCAUAUUUGAGGAGCACCAGAUAUGUACCAGCCCCAACCUGCACCACAUCCUGCAGACCGUGGAGAGUGGGGGGCUGUUUGUGGAGGAUGAGAAUAAGUUCAUCUUCUGUAAUGUCCUUGUGGGCCAUCAGGCCAAGGCUCGGUUCAAGAUCAGCAAUGUGGGAAAGAUCGCCUGUGACGUCAACAUCGUAGUGAAGCCUAUAUCCACUAAGGCCUUUGCCCGCAUCAUCGACAUUUUUGACGUGGAACCCAACAAGAUGUGUGUUGGCAGCCGCUCACAUGCCUUUGCCACAGUGUCCUUCACACCGCAGACCAUGCAGACCUACCAGUGUAUCUUUGAGGCCACCUUGGAUGGCCUGCCCAGCAACCUGGCCAAAAGCAGAGGUCUCGUGUUUGAUAUCACCGGUGAGGGGAACCUCCCCCGGGUGACCAUUGUGCGGCCGGUUCUCCAUAACCUGCGUGGAAACCCCCUGCUUCUCUUUAAGAGGCUUCUGCUUGGUCUGUCCGAGAAACUGCCCCUCAUUCUCAAGAACAACGGCACCAUUCCUGCCCAGGUACAUGUUGACCUGCGGGAGCAACUAGGAGCCUUCUCCCUGAAGGGGAGGCCCACUACCUCCUACAUCUAUAUCACAGAGGGCAACAAACCAAAUGAGAAGGCAAAGAAAGCUCACACAGCCUCCCUGGUUGUUUCUCCUGGAAAUACAGCUGAAUUUGAUGUCUUUUUCCACUCCAAGAAGGUUGGGAAGAUGAAAGGCACCAUCCAUUUGUCAGUGGUCAACAACCAGUACGAGGAGACCUUCAUCCACCUGGUGGGAGAGGGCUACGAGGAUGACAUCACCCUGGACAACAUCCAUGGGAUGGUGACUCCCAUCAGCCAGACAGACUCAAAUAUCUCUGAGCUCGCAGAGAUGGAGGACAGCAGCACAAUGGAGGACUUGAUAGGAGCUGCCCUGGUGGACCACAUCCAAUUUGGGGACUGCCACAUUGGAAACAACUACAACAUGAGCUUCACAAUCACUAAUCACAGCCACGUGAACGUGAUACGGUUUGAAUGGCCCCUUUUAGCUACAGUUACUUUCUCCCCACAGAUGGGCCACCUCCACCCUGGGUGUUCCAAGGAUAUAGUGGUGACCGUGAAGUCAGAAGUGCCCAUCAACCUGAAGAAGAUGCGGGUCAAAUGCAAGCUCUCCAAGAUCACAUUUCAGCUCCCUGCAGACCAGGUCCCCGACUGGGAUGACUGCAUGCGCACAGUCAAGUGGGUGGACGUGCCCAGGAGCACUGCUGGGACAUUCACUGCAAAACGAAAAGUGACAGAGACGGAUCCUGAGCCUGCCCACUCAAUGCUAGAAGAAAACUACCGAGAACUGCAGCUUCAGAUCAGUGCCAAUGUGGAUUUCGCUUCAUACCAGUGCUACUCAGGCGACGUGCACUUCAAGGAAACCCUGGUUUACCAGACCCGAGUGUUUGAGCUUGACCUGGUUAAUUUAGGACUUGUACAGCUGGAAUUCAGCUGGAUGUCAGAAGAUCUCUCAAAGGCAGUCAGCUUCGCAAUGCCAGAAAAGCAAGGUUCAGCUGUAAAAGAUCAGUUUAGUCUGGGCACAGGGCAUACAGGCAGCACCCUGGACAGCGCCAUGGACCACUGGACAGAGGGCUCCUCACUGCCCUUCUCUGUGGAGCCCUCCUCAGGCAUCGUGCCUGCUGGAAAGACGCAGAAGCUCAAAGUGAAAUUCUCCCCAUUGGACACUGGAGACUUUGAAACCAACCUUUUCUGCCAGAUUCCAAACCUGCCACCUGGAAAACAAGGUCCGGUCCUAGUAGCAAAAGGGCGAAGCUCCUUGCCCAUCUGCCAUUUUGAACUGAAGGACUCAGACUACAUCGUUGGUCAGCGGGGCAACCCAGAGCUCCCGAGAGGGUGUGGGAGUGGCAUUCUGGAUCCAAACACCCGGGUGAUCGAGUUCAUCACUGUGGGCGUAGGAGGCAAGAAUCUCCGGACCUUUACAAUCCUGAACCCGACCAAUAGCACCUAUUCUUUCUCCUGGAUUUCUGAAGAAAUUGACAGUCUCCAGAACCCUCCAGCUUUCACAUGCCUUACGGAGAAAGGCUUCAUCCACCCUGACAAGAAAGCUGAGAUUGUGUUCCAGUUCAUACCUUCCCAUGUGGACAUCACAGAAGCAUUGUGGACUUUCCUAAUCCCUGAACACAACAUCACAAUCCCCUUCCUGCUGGUAGGAAAAACCACCGACCCACUCAUCUCUCUGGACAAGUCACACCUCAACUUCAGUUCUCUGCUCAUUGGCAGAGAAGCCAGGGAAACCGUACACAUCAUCAACAAGGAGGAGCAGGGCUUCAACUUUGCCUUCCAGGACAACUCCCGAUUCUCUGAAGGUUUCAGCAACAGCCUGAUUAUAUGUCCUAUGGAAGGCUGGAUCCCACCACUGUCCAGGUUGCCAAUUGAUAUUUUCUUCACACCAAAGCAGGAAGGAGAUGUGAAUUUUAAUUUGAUCUGCAAUGUGACAAAGAAAGCCCAACCUCUGACAUUAAAUGUCAAGGCUGAGGGCUACAGUAUGAAUGCAGAGGUCAAGUGUAAGGACAAGACUGGCUCCUCCAUUCUCUUGACUCCCAACCAGAUCAACAUCAUCAACUUCUAUGAGGUGGAAUUAAAUGAGUGUGUCCAGUGUGAAUUGACCUUCAUUAACACUGGAAAGUUCAACUUCAGCUUCCAGGCAGAGCUAUCUGGCUCCAAAUCCCUGCUUCAGUAUUUGGAAUUUUCACCUAAGGACAGCAUCGUGGAUGUAGGGCAGAGUUUACAAGCUAUCCUAUCUUUUCAACCAUUUAAGAAGUGUGUCUUGAAGGGCCUGGAACUCAGAAUCAAGAUCACCCACGGCCCAACAUACAUAUGCAGCAUCUUAGGUUGUGCCGUGAGCCCAGCCGUCCAUUUCUCCUUCACCAGCUACAACUUUGGGACCUGCUUCAUCUUCCAAGCCGGGAUGCCCCCAUACAAACAAAUCCUGCUCAUCACCAACAAGGAAGAAACGUCUAUGAGCAUAGAUUGUCUGUACACCAACACCAACUACCUUGAGGUUAAUUUCCAUGUUGAAGUGAUAAAGCCAGGAAUGACGCUGGAGAUUCCAAUCAUCUUUUAUCCUCGAGAAAGUAUCAGCUAUCAUGAACUCAUCCCCUUUGAAAUCAAUGGACUCUCACAACAAAUAGUCGAAAUCAAAGGGAGGGGCACCGAAAUGAAGGUUUCAGUCCUAGAUCCAGCCAACAGGGUUGUGAAGUUGGGAGCCCUCCUACCAGGACAGGUUGUGAAAAAAACAGUUUCCAUCAUGAACAACAGCCUUACCCACAUCACAUUCAACCAGUCAGUUUUGUUCUCAGUUCCAGAGCUCCAGGAACCCAAGGUCAUCACCGUGGUGCCCUUCCAGAACAUCACGCUGAAGCCCAAAGAAGUCUGCAAACUGGAAGUCACCUUCGCCCCAAAGAAGCGCGUGCCCGCCUUCUCUGAGGAAGUGUUCAUGGAGUGCAUGGGGCUCCUGCGCCCCCUCUUCCUUCUCAGCGGCUGCUGCCAGGCCCUGGAGAUCUCGCUGGACCAGGACCAUCUGCCCUUUGGACCAGUUGUGUAUCAGACACAAGCCUCGCGUCGCAUCCUUAUGUUGAACUCAGGCGACAUGGGUGCGAGGUUUAAAUGGGAUGUCAAAAAGUUCGAGCCUCAUUUCUCCAUCAGCCCAGAAGAAGGCUAUAUCACCCCAGGCAUGGAGGUUUCUUUCGAAGUGACUUACCAUCCCACCGAGGUGGGGAAGGAGAGUCUCUACAAAAACUUGCUCUGCUUCAUCCAGGGAGGCAAUCCCCUGAGCCUGACCCUGUCUGGAGUCUGCGUGGGACCACCUGUAAUAAAAGAGGUGGUGAAUUUCACCUGCCAGGUGCGCUCUAAACACACGCAGACCAUCCUGCUGUCAAACCGCACCAACCAGACGUGGAACCUGCACCCCAUCUUUGAGGGUGAGCACUGGGAAGGGCCUGAGUUCAUUACGCUGGAGGCUCAUCAGCAAAACAAGCCCUACGAGAUCACCUACAGGCCUCGCACCAUGAACGUGGAGAACCGCAGGCACCAGGGGACCCUCUUCUUCCCCCUCCCGGAUGGGACUGGCUGGCUAUAUGCUCUGCAUGGGACUUCAGAGCUCCCCAAAGCUGCAGGCAAUAUCUACCAUGAAGUGCCAUGUAAGACACCCUACACUGAGCUCCUGCCCAUCACCAACUGGCUGAAUAAGCCCCAGAGAUUCCGAGUCAUGGUGGAAAUGCUGAAACCAGAGAAGCCAGACCUAAGCAUCACUAUGAAGGGCCUUGACUAUAUUGAUGUCCUGUCUGGCUCCAAGAAAGACUACAAGCUGAAUUUCUUUUCCUACAAGGAGGGACUGUACUCUGCAAAGGUGAUCUUCCGAAAUGAAGCAACCGGUGAGUUCUUGUUCUACACGGUGACUUUCAAGGUCAUCCCUUCAGGCAUCAUCAAAACCAUCGAAAUGGUGACCCCAGUCCGGCAGAAUACAUCAGCCUCCAUCAAGGUGGAGAACCCCCUGCCAUACUCGGUGACCUUCUCCACAGAGUGCAGGGUGCCGGACAUCAGCCUGCCCUCCCAGUUUGUGGUGCCCGCCAACUCGGAGGCCAUGUUCACAUUUGAAUUCCAGCCCCUGAAAGCUGGAGAAACCUUUGGGAAACUAACUUUGCACAACAGUGAUUUGGGUUACUACCAGUAUGAGCUCAGUUUGAAGGCCCUGCCAGCACCUCCUGAAAAGCCCAUCCACUUCCAGACAGUUCUUGGCAGCAGCCAAAGCGUCUUCGCAAAGUUCACCAAUUAUACACGGCAGAAGACAGAAUACUACUGCAGGACCGACUGUUCAGAUUUCCACUCGGACAAGGUCAUUAACGCAGCUCCAGGAGCCCAAGGAGGCACUGAGGUCAGCGUGGAAGUCUUCUUUGAGCCCAGCCACCUGGGAGAGACGAAGGGCACCCUGAUCCUGUCAUCGCUGAUAGGUGGGGAAUACACCAUCCCCCUCUUCGGAAUGGCUUUGCCCCCCAAGCCCCAGGGUCCCUACCUGAUCCGAGCUGGGUACAACAUAAUCAUCCCCUUCAAGAAUGUCUUCACCCACAUGGUGACCUUCACCUUCACCGUGGAGAACCCCGCCUUCAUCAUCCGUGCCACCGACUCCGUGCGUCCCAAGAAGAGCAACAACAUUUCUGUCUUCUUUGAAGGAAACCCAUCGGGCAGCAAAACUCCCAUCACCACCAAGCUGAUCGUCAGCUGCCAUCCCGGGGAAGGCAGUGAGGCUGGGAUUAAAUGGGUUUAUUACCUGAAGGGGAUCACCCCUUAGUGGUAACCAGGGUCACCUGCACCAGCCAAAAGCCAUUUCCUAGGCAUUAAGAGCCACACAUAGUCUUAGCCUGACAACGAAGAGGGAAAAACAUAAUAAUUCUAAAGGGACAGUUUUAUCCUCCCCAUGCAGUUAUAGGGGCAUUUAUUUCCAUAUUGUGUGGUUUCCAAAGAUAGAUAUGAAAUGUCUACUCCAUAUUAAACAUUAUAGCU